AUGUUUUUAUUGUUGUUAACACUGUGCGGACCUUUGACACAAAUCUCGGCACAAUACGACCCGACAUGGGACAGCUUAGACAGCCGACCCUUGCCUGAUUGGUACGAUAAAGCAAAAGUAGGAAUUUUCAUUCACUGGGGUGUCUACUCAGUACCCAGUUUUGGGAGUGAAUGGUUUUGGUUCAGAUGGCAAGGAGAUAACACAGAAGAAUAUGUCAAAUUUAUGAAGGAGAACUACCCACCCACUUUUACGUAUCAAGACUUCGCCAAAGAAUUUACGGCUGAAUUCUUUGAUCCUGAAGAAUGGGUAAACUUAUUUGUAAAAUCUGGCGCAAAAUAUGUUGUUCUAACAAGCAAACAUCAUGAAGGUUAUACCCUGUGGCCGUCUGAAUACUCUCACAACUGGAACGCUGACGACGUUGGUUCACACAGGGACCUUGUAGGCGAUCUUGCUAAUGCAGUUAGACAAACAAAUCUUCAUUUUGGACUGUACCAUUCACUAUUCGAAUGGUUCGAUCCACUCUAUAAUGAAGAUAAAAGUAAUAAAUUUACAACUUCCAAAUUCGUCGAUACCAAAUUGAUACCUGAAAUGAAGGAAUUGGUCAAUACUUAUCAACCGGAAAUUCUAUGGUCGGAUGGAGAUGGUGAAGCACUAGAUGCAUAUUGGAAAUCUACAGAAUUUUUAGCUUGGCUUUAUAAUGAAAGUCCUGUAAAGGAAACUGUUAUUACAAACGACAGAUGGGGAUACAAUGUAGGGUGCAAACAUGGAGGAUUCUUUACUUGUGCUGAUAGAUACAAUCCAGGUCAUUUAUUACCACACAAAUGGGAAAACUGUAUGACAAUAGAUAAAGUUUCUUGGGGCUACAGAAGAAAUGCGGUAGCAAGCGACAUAUUAUCAAUUCAUGAAUUGAUUGUUACCCUCACAGAAACCAUUAGUUGUGGGGGUAAUAUUUUGAUUAAUGUCGGGCCGACAAAAGAAGGUACAAUAAUUCCAGUUUUCCAAGAGCGUUUGUUGCAACUUGGACACUGGUUAUCCAUUAAUGGAGAAGCCAUUUACGAAAGUAAUGCGUGGUCAGUGCAAAAUGACUAUUUCACCUCUGGUGUGUGGUAUACGGUUAAAGAACCAAUUGUUUAUGCGAUUGUUUUAAAUUGGCCACACGAUAAUCUUCUGAAUAUUGGCUCUGCAAAUUCGCUUUUCAGCACUAAUGGGACGCAGGUUGUGAUAAUAGGAAACGAGAAUUCGCCACUUUCAUGGCAAUUUGACAGGAUUGUGAGUAUAGUUUUCCCUGAUAAAACAACCGUUUUCAGCGAAUGGGCUUGGGUACUUAAAAUAACUCCAGAAACAAAAUGA